AUGGCUGAAUUGGUAGUGCUAAUUGGUCAGCGUAAGAUUAUUAGGAAGAAGGUUACAGAAUGUGCCAACCGUUCUUCACAGUACCUUUCAUUAGAUAACACGGCAAAAGUAUCUGAGCGGGGUGUUCUCUUGGAGUAUAGGAAGAGAUUAAGUGACUUGGAUUCUAAAAUACAGGCUCUAAAAUUUUCAGGGGAAUUUAGAGACGAGGAUUUGGAGGCUGAGCUCUCUGCCAUGUGUCAAUCGUACUAUGAUAAAAUUUCAGGUAUUGUGCCUUUGUUGGAUGUUAGUGUCAAUGCUGGAAGCCCUCCACUUUCAUCUACUACUGAUAUUGCUAGGAGCCUUUUGAGGCAACCCACUGCACCUCUACCAAAAUUCCAAAAUAGAGGGACUAUUAUUGAUAGGAAACUGCAAGAAGCAACUGAUCAAAUUUUGAAUAUGGAGAGCCAAUUUUAUUUGAACUAUGAUCAGAAAGUUUACAGUGAUGAAUCUAAUCGGCUCGAUGAUUCUCUCGUGGACUACACUUUCAGAAAUUUGCACACGAAAGGUGAUGGACGCAUAGUUGUUCCCCUGUUAUGGAAUGGGAAGGUAUCGCACCUUCUUUCGAGAAACGAGUCUCUUUCCAAGGCUGUUCUUCAAUCAAAUUUGAAAAAAUUACUUCGUAAGAAAGGUUCCUUGCAGUUGGUAGAUAACUGCAUAAAGGAGCAAUUGAAGGCGGGUAUUAUUGAGCCUAUUUUGGACUUGGAGGUAUUUAAGGCUGAAUAUCCUAACUACUCCUUCUUACCUCAUAUGCCAGUCUUUAAGCCAGAAAGGGAAACUACUAAGUGUCGCAUAGUAUUUCUUUCUAAUUUGCAGGAAUCCUCUAAGAGACUGUCACUGUCACAUAAUCAAUGUAUGUAUGCUGGGCCUAACUUAAAUCAAAAGCUCUCCUCUGCAUUUCUUAAUAUUAGGUUUGAUGAAAAAAUUUUGAUUUUUGAUUUGAAGAAAGCUUUUAAUAUGUUGGCUUUAAGUGAAAUUGAUCAGUCUAGGCUAUUAUUUUUUUGGUUUCGGAAUGUCACCACAGGUGAUUACACCCCAGUUGCUUAUAAAAAUGUCAGGCUUUCAUUUGGACUUCGGUGUAGCCCAUUUCUUUUGAUGGCUUCAUUGUAUUAUAUGUUAAUCUUGACUUCCAGUAAUGAUUCAAGAAUCUAUGAACUCAAGAAACUUAUAUAUGCUUUAAUAUAUAUGGAUAAUGGUGCUGUCACAAUGAACAACUCUGAUGACUUGAGGUGGGCCUACGAGCAGUUAGCUGGCAUAUUCAAACCUUUUAAAUUUGAAAUUCAGCAACUGGUGACUAAUGACAUUGAUCUGCAGUCUGACAUAGAUCGGUCAGAAGUUCUUACCCCGGAAGUCAACAAAUUGUUUGGGCUUGAAUGGAAUAGACUUUCGGAUGAUCUUUUCACUAGGCCAAUUUCCCUUGACCUAGAAGCUAAUACCAAAAGAUUAGUUCUUAGGUCAAUUGCCACUCAGUUCGAUAUAUUUGGUUUCAACUUGCCUUUAUUUAACCGAUGUAGGCUUUAUAUGCAUAACUUGCAAUGUCAAAAGGGUUUGAACUGGGACCAGCCUCUUAAUAGUCAACAGCUUAAAGACUGGAGGAAUAUCUGUAGACAGUGUAAUUCAUCGCCCCCUCUUAAAGUAACUCGUUUUGUGGGUCGAAGGGAUGGUGAGUAUCAUAUAAUUGUUUUUACUGAUGCCAGUUGUGACAUAUAUGGGUGUGUAAUUUAUUUAUUGAAUGUAGAGUCUGGCAAACUUACCUUUAUUAAUGCUAAAAAUCGGUUGGUUAAUACCCAAUUGAAAGGUAAAUCCAUACCAUCUUUAGAGAUCCACGCCAUUAAUCUAGGAGUCGAACAAUCUGUUGGUCUUUAUUUGGAUCUUGCUGGUCCCAAUUGUAUAAAACCUAUAAAGGUGACAAAGAUUUGUCUAUUUUCAGAUUCUUCUUGUGCCCUGCAGUGGUUAAUAAGUUCUUCGCUUCAACUUAAGAAAAUGAACCAAUGCCCGGACCUGAGUAAUGUUAGGGCGCAAGCCAUGCAGUUCACUAUUCUCAAGCGGAUUAUCUUUCUGGAAAUUACAUGA